GCGAGUUUACGAAGAUGGUGGAAGUUUAUUCUUCCUUGAAGUGAAGCACCGACUGCAAUCUAAACAUCCCGCAGACGGAAGGCUAGGAGUUGCACGCGGCCUUUCUAGUUUGGUUUUACAACCUUCUUUCGGAUUCGGGCCUCCCCCCCCCCCCCUAGCCCUAUGUCAUGGCAAGUGGAGUCACCAAGACGAGCACCCCCAACGGUUACCCCAUGAAGGCACAGCUACAAAUUAUCGUGCUAUCAGCAAAACUCAAGGAGAACAGGAAGAACUGGUUUGGUCCCAGUCUCUACGUUGAAGUGACAGUCGACAGCCAGUCCAAGAAGACGGAGAAGUGCAACAACACCCACAGCCCCAAAUGGAAGCAGCCGCUCACUGUGAUUGUGACUCCGUUCAGCAAGCUGGUGUUUCGCGUGUGGAGCCACCAGACCCUGAAGUCCGACGUGCUGCUCGGCAUGGCCACGCUGGACGUCAGUGACACGCUCAAGUCAAACGACCUGAAAAUCUCUGAGGUGGUGCAGACCUUACAGCUGUGUGCGGACAGAGACCAGUCCGACGUGGUGGGAGCCCUCUCCGUCUGCCUGGAUGGCAUGACCGUCGACUCGGAGGUGUUCGCCGCGGCCGACCAUCACAGUACAUCAAAUGGGAAUUCACAACCCAACGGGGAUCCUGCCGUGAGGCAGAGUCGAGACAGCUCGCCGGCGGUGGACGGCAUAGAGCAGAGGUCUUCUCCUAGCGGCCAGAGGUCGGUGAGCAGUUCAGGGUCUCCGUCGGUGCCAUCGAGGCCUCUCCGGCCACCCAGGCCGUCCAGACCUCCACCACCGACCCCACACAGACCCGCCUCUUCGCCAGCGUCUUCCAGCAACAGCUCCGCACCGACCGACGGCAGCGAUGGCCAGUCGGGUUCUAACACACCGGUGCGAACAAGGGCCUCGGCAGCCCCGGAAUCAAGUCCAUCGACAGGCCCCGACAGGAGCUCCAGGCCGCCCUCUGGAGACAGUAGUGCCCCUGCCGCUGCCCCUGCCGCUGCCCCUGCCGCUGCCCCUGCCACCGCCUCUGCUCCUGCCCCUGCCGCCCCUGCAGGUGCCGCCGUUCCUCCAAUGGUCCCUGCCGUCAACGCAGGGCCGCUGCCCCACGGAUGGGAGCAGAGGGUGGAUCCGAACGGAAGGUUGUAUUUUGUCGAUCACGUGGAAAAGAGAACAUCGUGGGAGCGCCCUGAAUCACUGCCCCCUGGCUGGGAGCGCCGCGUCGACCAGAUGGGUCGGGUCUACUUUGUCGAUCACAUGACGCGAACCACCACGUGGCAGCGCCCCACAAUGGAGACGGUGCGUAACUACGAGCAGUGGCAGCACCAGCGCAGCCAGCUGCAGGGAGCCAUGCAGCAGUUCAACCAGAGGUUCAUAUUCGGGCUACAAGACCCAGUGUCUGCCGCUCCGAAUAAGGAGUUUGAUCCUCUUGGGCCUAUGCCACAUGGAUGGGAGAAGAGAACGGACACGAAUGGAAGAGUUUAUUUCGUACAUCACCCUACGCGAGCAACACAGUGGGAGGACCCACGGACACAGGGUUUGCUGAACGACAAGCCACUCCCAGAGGGCUGGGAGAUGAGGUUCACCGUAGACGGUAUUCCGUACUUUGUGGACCACAACAGGAGAGCGACCACCUACAUCGACCCUCGCACUGGGAAGUCCUCACUUGAAAACGGACCCCAGAUCACCUACGUUCGAGACUUCAAAGCCAAAGUCCAGUACUUCAGAUUCUGGUGCCAGCAACUGUCAAUGCCUCAACACAUCAAGAUCACGGUAACCAGAAAAACCCUGUUUGAGGACUCCUUCCAGCAGAUAAUGAGCUUCAACGCUCAAGACCUGCGAAGGAGGCUAUGGAUCAUCUUCCCAGGAGAAGAAGGUCUCGACUACGGAGGCGUUGCAAGGGAGUGGUUCUUCCUGUUGUCCCAUGAAGUUUUGAAUCCCAUGUACUGCCUGUUUGAAUACGCCGGGAAAGAUAACUACUGUCUCCAGAUCAACCCUGCAUCCUACAUCAACCCUGACCACCUCAAGUACUUCAGGUUCAUCGGACGCUUCAUUGCCAUGGCUCUUUUCCACAGCAAGUUCAUCGACACUGGCUUCUCACUGCCUUUUUACAAGCGCAUGCUGAACAAGCCGUUGGCCCUCAAAGACCUGGAGUCCAUAGACCCUGAGUUCUACAAGUCCCUCAUGUGGAUCAAGGACAACAACAUCGAGGAGUGUGGGCUGGAGAUGUUCUUCUCCGUUGAUAAAGAGAUCCUGGGCGAAGUGUCCACCCAUGAGCUGAAACCAGAAGGAGGAGAUCUCCAGGUCACCGAGGAGAACAAGGAAGAGUACAUCAGACUGGUAGCAGAGUGGAGGAUGUCCAGAGGAGUGGAAGAGCAGACGCAGGCUUUCUUUGAAGGCUUUAACGAGGUCCUCCCUCAGCAGUACCUGCAGUACUUUGAUGCUAAAGAGCUUGAGGUGAUGCUGUGUGGUAUGCAGGAGAUCGACCUUGGAGACUGGCAAAGAAACACCAUCUACAGACACUACGCUCGAACCAGCAAACAGAUCGUCUGGUUCUGGCAGUUCAUCAAGGAGAUGGACAAUGAGAAGAGGAUGAGGCUGCUGCAGUUUGUCACCGGUACCUGUCGUCUGCCUGUCGGAGGCUUUGCCGACCUUAUGGGGAGCAACGGCCCCCAGAAGUUCUGUAUUGAGAAGGUGGGAAAAGAAAACUGGCUCCCCAGAAGUCACACGUGCUUCAACAGACUGGACUUGCCGCCCUACAAGAGCUACGAGCAAAUGAAGGAGAAGCUGAUGUUUGCCAUCGAGGAGACCGAGGGCUUCGGACAGGAGUGAGAGGAACCAGGAGAGUGCAGGAGCGCCGAGGAAGAAAGACCUCCAGUGUUCAACGGGAAGGGUCACGUCAGUGUCUUUGACGACCUGAUUUCUUCCUAUUGAGUUGCUCUGCAUUAUGGGAUUUUUGAGAAAAAUUUGGAUUUUUUUUUUUUUUUUUCAUCUGCUUUUUGGCUGAUGGGCCUCCCCCACCCUAUCCUCAAAUAUUUAAUAUAUCAGCUUCUCUACUCUUGGCUAAAGAUGAUCUUAUUUUUAUUCUUUGGUAACAGGUGAAAAUAGUAAGUGAUUGCUGGGCAGUAGUGAAUUUACAGUGUGCCCCCCAAAUAAUGCUUAAAUAACAGACAAUCUUGGUGCUGUAAAGACAUUUGGGCGUCAUGCCUGAUGUAUACAAGCCCUUCUUCUGUUUCUGGAUCGGUAGUGUUUGAAAUGUGCAUCUCUCGUAGAUUUUUUUUAAAAGUAUAUUGCCUUCAUUAUUUAUAGUGGUGGGGACUUAAACAGACUUAAACCUAGUUUUAUAGGGACAGAGUUUGUAAACUGUGAUGGGAGAGAGACUUCUUGAUUUGGGGUAUUCUAGGACUAAAGUUAUUCCUCUUUAUAUAGGCUUCAAACACUCUUUCAUGGGGUGGUCUUGUAUUUUAAGAUGUCUUCAGUGUAUUGAGUAGUUGACUUAAAAGAAA